UACGUCACCACCCCGUAUCUAGCUAUCGACUCUCUUUCGACAAAUUUCACUGCACCUCCGUUCCAGAUCUACUCUUUUUUAAUUUCCAAAUUUUAUUCUUACACAUCCAUUUGCAAUUUAGCGCGUUUAGAAUUAGAGAAGAGACGAGAGAAAUUUUCUUUAUGUAAUUUCCGCUUGCUCCAAAGCAAGCAAUGCCUGUCAAACCCACUUCUUUCAGAGAUCGGACGCUAGAGUUUCAGAGCGUCGCCGACAGGCUCAGGAAAUCAUCGUCCUCGGCUUCUAAUGCCCCCAGCAGUAGCGGAGCCGGAGCCUACGACGCCGGCAGCGGGGGCUUCGCAUCCACGGCUCAACCUUCUCGAUCCGCUGCCCCGAUUCAAUCCGAAUUCAACCGGAGAGCUUCCAGAAUCGCGCUAGGGAUCCACCACACCUCUCAGAAACUGUCCAAGCUUGCUAAAUUGGCUAAGAGAUCAUCAGUUUUUGAUGAUCCAACUGUGGAAAUUCAAGAGUUGACAGCUGUAAUCAAGCAGGAUAUUACAGCACUUAACUCUGCCGUGGUAGACCUCCAGCUCCUAAGCAACUCCCAGAGUGAAAGUGGUUUGUCAACUGAUAGCGCUGCACAUUCAACUACAGUUGUCGAUAACUUGAAGAAUAACUUGAUGGGUGCCACACAAGAGUUCAAAAAUGUACUAACCAAACGGACAGAGAACCUCAAGGUUCAUGAAAACCGAAGGCAGUUGUUUUCAAAUACAACAAAAGAAUCUGCCAAUCCUUUUGUUCGCCAGCGCCCCUUGGUGAGCAGAACAUCAUCCAAUUCUGCAAUAUCUCCCCCUCCAUGGGCAAAUGGCUCCACUUCUUCAUCUCAGUUGUUUCCAAGGAACCAAGCAGAUGGCGAAUCGCAACCAUUGAUGCAGCAGCAGCAAAACCAGCAGCAGCAGCAGCAGCUGGUUCCCUUGCAAGACAGUUACAUGCAAAGCAGAGCUGAAGCCCUUCAUAAUGUCGAGUCAACUAUACAUGAGCUUAGCAAUAUUUUCACUCAAUUGGCAACAAUGGUUUCUCAGCAAGGCGAAAUUGCUAUUAGAAUUGACGAAAACAUGGAAGAUGCCCUUGCAAAUGUGGAAGGGGCACAAGGGCAGCUGGUCAGGUACUUGAACAGUAUAUCAUCGAACAGAUGGCUGAUGAUCAAAAUAUUUUUUGUUUUGGUUGUAUUCCUCAUGAUUUUCCUAUUCUUUGUUGCCUAAGAUAUCCAAUAAAGAAGUAUUUUAUGGAAAGAUAAAGUUACGUCAAUUUUUUCCAUCGAUUUUGAGAAAGUUGUGCAAUCCUGUUGUCUAUGCUUCAAGAUACGGAACAUAAUCUCACUUUUAGUCAAAGGAAUUUACCUUCACGUACUCAUGAGUGGGCGGUUUAGCCUCUUCGAAUGUGAUUCUGAACCAUUCAAUUUGGAGAUAAUUUAGCUGGAUGUAAAUUAAUCGUGGACCUUGAUUAGGUUCCUAACUUAUGGUUUGUUUGGAUUGGGCUUUAUUUUUCCAAAUUUAUUUGCU